GGUCGCUAAGAGGAGCGGCGACUACUGCCGUCCUUUUUGAGCGCCUUGUCUUUGCCAGGCGCUGUGCUGGGCUCCGGAAAUUGCAAGGGAAAGGACCACGGCCGUUUCUUGAGGCACCUGCAGUCUGAGUACAAGAGCAGCUCGGAAAGGCAAAAGUGCACUUUGCUUAACUUGGAAAGAUAACAGCUGAACUUGAAAAGAUAACUUGACUAUGAUCCUUCUCCCUUUUUAAGCAAAAGCACUGUUGUAAUAGCCCGUGAAAACGCAGCAUUUCUAGUGGUAACAUUCAGAGAGUCCAAAUUGUUAAGAAUUCCAAGGACCCUCUGUCCCCCUUUCAACUGACUCAUUGCUCCCUCACAGAGGAAAAAAAGGAAUGAUGGCCUUUGCCGGGAUUCCUCCUAGGAACUAGGGGACACCACUCUGUAGAAUGUUCCUGCUGAGGCUGCUGUGCCGAUAGAUCAUGGUGGUUAAGAUCUAGAUCUGUGGAAUUAUACAUGACCUGGAUUAAACACAGGCUCUACUACAACCAGCUAUGUUGGCUUUCUAAACCUCACUCUACUCAUGUAGAAAAUAGGGAUAAUAAUCGUAUCAUCCUUAAAAACUUUGGAGAAUUAAGUGAGAAAGGGCCUGUGAGGACCAGUGCCUGGUCCCUAGCUGUUAUCUGCCAGACACUAAACUCUUCGAGGGCAGGGUUUGGAUCUGCUGUAUCCCUGGUCUUUGGCAUAUGGUAGGUAUUCAAUACAAGGAGCUCUAGUGGUACAAAUGGUUAAGCACUUGGCUACUAACCGAAAUAUUGGCAGUUCAUACCCGCAGGAGAAAGACCUGGGAUCUGCUCCCAUAAAAUUACAGCCUAGAAAACUUUAUGGGGCAGUUCUACUGUGUCAUAUGGGAUCACUAUGAGUUGAAAUUGAUUUGACGACACCUGACAACAGCAGAUAUUCAAUAAUUAUCUGUCCAAUCCAUAAAUAAGUGGCUACCCUGUGCAAGCCACAUACUAGGUGGUGUCUUGGAUUCAGAGAAGAGAAUGCUAAGAUAUAGGAGCCUGCAAUCUAUUAGGGGAGGCAAAGCGAUGCCAAGCAAGUAAUAGAGACAAUAAGGACUUCAAAGCCAGAGCAAUCAGGAAAGACCCGCAUGGGUAGAAGUAAAGCAUUUGACGAGGGUUUUAAAAGAUGAGUAUGUUUCUGAGAGAGGACCCAGUUUCUGUAAAUGAAUCCAUUUCUUCAUAUUGGGCAAGGGCAUUCAUUCUAUAAUUGUUUAUAACUAUGAAAACAGUUCUUGCCCCAAUGAAAAGAUCAGAAGAGUACUAAGUACGUUUAAGGCAGAUGUGUGCUUUAAAACAAGUAAUAACAAAUUAGAAAGUACACUUUAACCUAUUUUGGGAUCAGGUACUUCAGUGGUGCAAAGUAGAUCCUAGUAACACUUGACGUCAGACCCUGUUCACUUUUAACAUGUGGGUGAAUCUUGGAAAGUAUAAAGGAGUUAGGAGAAAUGCCUGUUGAAACCUUUGUUCAUUACUGCAGGAAGGACUUUUUUUUUUUUUUUUUUUUUUUUUUAAACUUUAGUUCUGAUGUAAGAAAUCGUUAACACUGAGAUUCUGGAAUAAAAUCUUUAUACUGACAAAAAUGUAUCUGAAAUCAUAAUUUAUUCAUGCCCAUGCCUUUAUGUUUUAGGGCUACAGGUGCACCUGCAGGUUCAAGCACUGCCUCUGGCAGUAAUCGAAGACUGCAGCAGACACAAAACCAAGUGGAUGAGGUGGUGGACAUCAUGCGUGUCAACGUGGACAAGGUGUUAGAAAGAGAUCAGAAGCUCUCUGAGCUAGACGACCGUGCAGAUGCGCUGCAGGCAGGAGCGUCCCAGUUUGAAACAAGUGCUGCCAAGUUAAAGAGAAAAUAUUGGUGGAAGAAUUGCAAGAUGUGGGCAAUUGGGAUUAGCGUUUUGGUUAUCGUCAUCAUCAUCAUCAUCGUGUGGAAUGUUUCUUCAUGAAUAUCCUGUGAAACUCAAGCCUGCUGUUCAAGAAACCUCUCCAAGACUUUUGACUUAGAACCUGCUAUAUUAUCUAGCUUACCUACUGUUAUAUCUAAAAUGAUAUAUUUUUGUUAGUUGAUGUAAAGUUUGAUUUCUGCGAAAUGUGCCUUUGUUUUUUUAAUAUACACUCCAAACUAGAAGUGUAGUCUGCCCAGCCCACAUUUUGCACGGUGUCUUUAUAAAUUCACAUACGGGCUGAUGAAGAGGACUUCUAAAGUUGAUUAAUUGCUCUUAAUUCCAGUUAAGGGAAUUUGUUCCAAGUUAGCUAUCCUCUUCAUAUGAUAUUGUCUUCAGAGUCACAUUUUAAACCUUUGAGUAAUCAGAUUUCCAACUUGUGCCUUCCUGAAAGAACACUACUACCUAGCCUAAAUCUGUGGCAGUAACAGGCUGUGCCUUAUUUUGAUAUUUUUCUGGGUCCCUCUAAAAGAACCCACUACUGUUUAUAAGCACUACUCGCGCUUUCGCUGCAUUUAAAAUAAGAUGCUGGUAAAGAAUUUUUGCUCUUAUAUUAGAUACGAAGAUGUUUACCUUCUUGUUAUUAUUAUGUAUAACUUGCUAAAAAAUAGUAUUUUAAUCAGAAAUAAUAACCCCUUUAAAAGCACAGUUUUUAUAGAACUAUGGCUGUGACCAAAGUUUCUAUUUUGCCAAAAAGUUAAACCCUAGUAAAUGCCGUGUAAGUCUGUUCCUGAUAGAUAAAUGCAGAAAAGUGCCAAAUGGAACUCAGGGUGCCCUUCAAAAUUAAAACUGUAAUAUUGUGCUGAAGCCUCUACAUCUUGGCAGGCCAUCCUUGCUUUGAGAUGCUGUAGAUGAUGUGACUCCCCUUCCAAUUCAGCAUUUUCCCAGGGGCUAGAGGAGGUUUGUGCCUCUAGAUGGACGGUCCAUCUCAUUCCUAUAGAUAGGGAGUUUUAUCCAGCAGUUUGCACAUUAUCAGCUGUGGACUCCAAUAUGUUUCUAAUAAUUAUGUGAGAAACAAUUUUGUAGCUUCAAGUAAGACCGUCUAUGCAUCUGAUCAUUAUCUGGCCCAAUCCUCUUAGACUAUAGCUUUUUGGAGUUUAUUUCCUGUUUUUACCCCAUAUUCUACUCCCGAAUCAGUCUUCUAAAUUGUGCUUUCAAUUAGGCAUCGGUCGGGGUGGAUGACUUUUCAUGGAGGAUAGCUAACCAGAGACUUUGAUGUCAUAAACUGUUUGCACAGGAUGCUACUUGGGAAUAGCUACUGUCAUUUGACUUCAUUGUGUACUGAGACUUCCCACCUCAGGGUAUGUGGCUUAAAGAUGAGAGUGCAGGUAUGAAGGAAAACAGGCAAGGGGGCACGAGGGAGCUACACAGAGGCUUCACCACUCUGUGGCCCAUUGUUACUGGAAUGUUCUAAAAUUCUUAUUCAUAUGCUGUUACAUGACUUAUAAAGCAAGAACAGCUGAGGUGCACCAGGACAUGGCUUCCGUUUCUUUAAUACCUGUUCCCCUAACAUCACUAAAAUUAUGUAUUGUUGAAGACUUGCCUUUAACAGUGAGAACAGAGAGCAGCUGUCAGUGUCGGGAUGUUAGCUGUUGUCAGCACAGGGUCUCUGGCCAGGUCUCUGAACCACGGUGCUCUCUCUGUGGCCUUGAUGCUCAGUCCCACGUAACCCACUGGCUCCUGCGUUAACCUAGAAUACCUCGCUUGUACCUGUGCACUUAGCUGGGAACUUUCCCAUUAUAAUGGACUGAAUAAAUUGUUUAUAAACAUAA